CCGGAAGCCCCGCCUCUCUGAGCUCCACCUCCCACCUCGGCCCAGUCAGACCCCAUCUUCACCCGGAAGUGGGUGGAGAGCACCGGUGCAUCUACGGAUCCUUUAAGACAGCCAUCCCACCGGUCAGAACAUGGAUCCAUCAAGCCCAGAGUCCCACUCCACCAGGAUAGAGUCUGACCCUGCUGACCUAGAUUUCGACUUUGAUGGCCAAGAUGAUUUCUCUACUGGCCACAAGUUCGACUCCCUUUACCAAGAAUUGGACCUGGACUUUCUUAACGAAGAUCUUCUUUCUCAGUCCAUAUCAGGCACCAUGACGCAGACCUCUGGGGGCACUGAUGAACCCCACUCAACAGCCAAACCAGAGGUUCUCACAGAGGCCGAGCAAAAAGAACUCAAGCUAGAACUUGGUAAACUGGAGGCAGAGAUUGUCAUCCUACGCCAUGAGCUGGCUGCUAAAGAGAAACACUGCUUGGAGCUAAAAAGAAGGCUGGGCCUCACAGCCUCAAUGGGGCUAAAGCAAAAUCUGACCAAGAGCUGGCACGAUGUUCAGGUCUCCAACACCUACAUGAAGCAAAAGACCACAGCUGCUCUGUCAACGAUGGGCUCUGCCAUCUACAGGAAACUUGGCGACAUGAAAAAGUCGGCCACGUUCAGAUCUUUUGAAGGUCUGAUGGGGACAAUCAAGUCCAGAGUUGCGGGUGGCAGAGAGCUCAGCAGUGACUGCUUUCCUUCUUCAAUAUGGAGUGGAGAUGAUCCAUUUCCACUUCCUGGGAGUGGGAAUGAUCAAGUUGCUGGGUGUGGGGAUGACCUACUUCCUUUUCUGGAGGCUGAAUGAACACUUGAUAAUCUUCCCUGCAAGCUCUCCUAAGCAGUGAAAGAACCCCUUUCGAGCCCCCUUAACAAAUUCAACUCUUCCCAUCAAAAACAAGCAGUAAGACCACAAUGGUAAAGUCAAUUCAGGCAAUGGACAGAGCCCAGUUCUGAGAAAUGAGCCAGGAUAUAAUUCAUUUGGUAGAGUACAAGUCUUGCUAUAUGUGAAGCACUGGGUUUGAAUCUUAUCACCAGAGCACUGAGGAUGACAGCAGAGGAUCUCUGUGGAUGACAGACUGGUGCCUCUCUCAAAGAAAUAAAAAAAUGAGAAAUUG